AUGGCAGAAGUAGAACAGAAGAUGCAUACACAUUUUAGGAAGGUUCAGGAGAUCAAACACUCAGUAGAUCUCAGCAAGAGAGAAGCAGAGAGAGAGAUAUCAGACAGUGUACAGGUCUUCACUGAUCUGGUGCGCUCCAUUGAGAGAAGCCAGGCUGAGCUCAUUGAGGUGAUUGAGGAGAAGCAGAAAGCAGCAGAGAGGCAGGCUGAAGGGAUCAUUAAAGAGCUGGAGCAGGAAAUCACUGAGCUACAGAGGAGAAGCACUGAACUGGAGCAGCUCUCACACACUGAGGACCCCCUCCACCUCCUACAGAGCAGUCCAUCCCUCUGCACCCCUCUACCCACCAAGGACUGGUCUGAGAUCAGUGUUCACAGUGAUCUGUGUGUGGGGACUAAUUAUUUAAUCACUAUCUUUAAACAUAGAAAUUCUUCUAUCAAGUAUGCAGUGGAUGUGACUCUGGACCCUGAUACCGCACAUCCCUCUCUCGUCCUGUCUGAGGAUGGGAAACAAGUGAGAGAUGGAGAUACAGAACAGGAUCUCCCAGACAAGCCAGUUAGGUUUUCCACCUGUCCCUGUAUCCUGGGAAAGGAGGGCUUCUCCUCAGGUAGAUUCUACUAUGAGGUGACGGUCAAGGGGAAGACUGACUGGGCUUUAGGAGUGGCCAGAGAGUCUAUCACCAGGAAUGGUUUGAUCACACUAAGGCCUGAGGAUGGAUACUGGACUGUGGCACUGAGGGAUGGGAGUAAGUACCUAGCCUGUAACUCCCCCACAGUCCCACUCUCCCUGAGAGAGAAGCCCCAGAAGGUGGGGGUGUUUGUGGAUUAUGAGGAGGGUCAGGUCUCCUUUUAUGAUGUGGAGGCCAGGUCUCAUAUCUACUCUUUCACUGGCUGCACCUUCACUGAGAAACUCUAUCCAUUAUUCUGCCCCUGUCUUAAUGAUGGUGGUGAAAACUCUGCCCCUCUGAUCAUCUCUCCUGUCAAUCAGACAGAAUGAGUUUUCAAUUGAAAAUCUAACGGACCAGUCACAUUUGUCAAUUUAGAAUGAAUCAUUAACAUUCAUGAUGAGUAUCCAGCAGCAAUGUAAGAUAUUACCAAAUAUCUCUGUGCUCAUAGUAAAGUAUUUUUUGUGAUACAAUUUUCACAUUUUUUUUUUUUAUUAACAAACAAAACAGACACAACAAACACAGUCAACACCACACAAUAUCACUUAUAAAGUAUGACUUUACAUCUGGGAGUUACAUUUCAGAUGACGUUCUUAUCGUUACAUCAUAUCAGCACUACAUGCUGUGUGUUUGUAGCUAGUUAUAUUUUGCACUGUAUAUCUCUGUUGAUCCUGACUAGCUAUAAUGAAGACUGUGCAUGGAGUAAAAUUCUGGAUUUUUAGGAAAUAAAAUGCAUUUGAAUAGUGAUGAAAUUGUCAUUCUAUCUAAUACUGUCCCAAAUGUUUUACAAUAGUGAUGUCUAUAGAAUCAGCUUGGAACAGUGGCAGUAUGCUAUGGGGUCUGUGGUUGAUAUCAUAUGGAAAUGUACAGUUUGUGGUAGUUGAUGUAAUUGUACUAAUAAAUGGUCCCGUGUGGCUCAGUUGGUAAGACAUGGCACUUGCAACGCCAAGGUUGUGGGUUCAAUUCCCAUGGGGGACCAGUACUGAAAAUGUAUGCACUCACAAGUUGCUCUGGAUAAGAGUGUCUGCAAAAUGUGAUUUAAUUGGAUAUACUUUUUGUAAAAAAGGAAAAUCUACCUGAUGAUAUGGCUGUGUGUAAAAUGGUCUGUUAAUUUUGUGGUUUUGCUGUCUCAUCACCACAAUGAUCAAAUAGAAAUUGUCCUGCUUAAAGGCCCAGUGCAGUCAAAAACUAGAUUUUCUUGUGUUUUAUAUAUAUUUCCCCACUGAGGUUGGAAUAAUACUAUGAAAAUGAUUAAUACACUUUUAGUGUAAGAGCUGUUUGAAAAGACAGUCUGAAAUUUCAGCCUGUUUUGCCUGCCAGGUGACAUCAACAAGCGGUAAAUGAGUUAAUUGACCAAUAAGACAGAGUUCCAAACCUCUCUGCCAAUAACAGCUAGUUUUCAGUUUCCCCCACUCAGACCACUCCCAGACAGUCCUAUCAAAAAUUCUUACUUGAGAAUUGCCCUUUGCUAAAAAGCUAUUUUUGUUUCUUUUUGACCAUUGUAAUUGAAAAUAAUCUCAGUGCGGUACUUAAUUGUUACCCAGAAAUUAUUUGAUAUUGAGAGGAAAACGGCUGCAUUGGACCUUUUUAACAAAUAAAGGCACCUGUUAUGGCA